AUGGGAUCUCCCACGAACUGCAUUCGCCUGAACAUAUCCGCGGCUCUUCUCCUCAAUUUCCACGUUACCCGUUUGCACCGUGCCCCCCGCACGUUGCUGCCAGCUGCCAGUUACCAGUUGCGUCACUAUGUACGAAUACAUCAGCCGGAGCGAUCGUUCCAGAUGAUGUGGCUGAGGAGCGGUGUGCCUGACAGAAUGCACAGCCAGGAGGCUGGCAACUUGAAGGACGAUGACAACGCCCGGGAACUCGCAGAGUGUAAAGCCCUUCUACACCAAAAUACCACGAAGAAUGCCCGGCUACAAGAUCAAAUCGAGGCUCUUCAAGUUCAGCUUGACAGACAAUAUCGUCGCCGCACCAUCAGUGCGCUCGAGCCUCUUGCUUCGCCUAGCUCUACCAUGCCAAACGGGGGGCUCGAAUCAUCUGACCCGGAAGUGGCACAAAGGAUUGAAUUUACUAAGCUUGCACAACGAUUCCGGUUGCUCAAUGAAAACUUUCGCAAAGCCCGCGGAGCUCUCGAGCGACGAAAAAACGAGCGGGACACGUGGAAAAGGCGCUUCGAGACGCUGCAGGCGCAUGUUCAGGCUUACGAAUCCGAGCAUGGUGUGGAGAUUUCGAGUCGGGCAUCGGAUGCAUUGGCUGCCCUACAAACGGUCGCUACGUCGUUCGGUAGCAGCUUCUCAAGCACCGCUGAUGCGAAUGACGGAGCACUGGAGCCUGGCGAACCACAACUACCGCCCAUAAUAGCUCCCGCGUCAUCGGCCUCGAGUCGCGCCGCUGGCACGGUUCUGGGACCUCUUGACUCAACGCAGGGCGAAUCUGAAGGAAACGAUCUUCCAUCUCUUGCAACCACUGCCGAAGCGAUAUCUGAUCCGCCUGUUAAGAGAGAGUUGUCGUCUGAUGGCCCUGUUGUAAUCCUAGAACGACCCGUCAAGAAGCACAGGAGUAACGAGCGCAUCACGGAGACGAGGCAGCUUGUGCGGGUCAAGACAGAAUUAGAACAAGAUUCGAGUCCAAUUAUUGACGAAACACGAAUGCCUACGUCACAGGAAAGCCUCGACCUCGAGCACAUAACCCACAUAACGACACCUCGCAAGCCAAGAGAGGUAGAAUCGACUCCUAGGCUGCCAUCCAUCUCUAAAAUCCCGGGAGCGAAUACGAACGAAAAUGCGACACCAGCAGCGAGAUACGUACGGCAUGACAUGCUGGUACCACAAACUGCGAGAGCCAGCAUCUUGUCGUCUGCGCUCACACCCAUCAGUAUUAAUAAAAGAAGGAUUCGCUCUGGAGGAGAUAGGCCCGCUAAGCUGUCGCGGAAACGAGAACUUGACGAGGGUCUAGCAGAAAUUGCGGAUGAUGGUACCUCGUUCAGGGAUGGGCAAGAGAACACGCCUUUCACAAAUGUCCAGAAGCGCAACCAGACACCGACGAACCGUCUAGAACAACUUCUGUACCAAGGAGAGGCCAACGAUAGCCCAGCACUUUCCAGGCCAUCUCGGCAAGCCCGCAAACGCCCGCCCCCAUCGACGGCCGAACUGAAUAUCCCCGAGCGUCGAGAGCUGCCUUUUGAGAAGCAAGGACGCCAGAGCAGGCCAGUACCCCAACCCGGGGCCGCUGCACAAGUCACACCGCGCUCGCCACAACGCCUGGCUGGACAAGGCCAAAUUCGCCUCAAGCCGCCUCGAGAGCUGCGUCUGGAUGAUUUUCGAGUUAAUCCUGCCGCUAACGAGGGCCAUGAAUUUGCAUACUCAGAUGUGGUCAGACACAAGGACGACAGAGCUUGCCUGCCAGGAUGCACCGAGAUACAUUGUUGUGGCAAGCAGUUCCGCGCCUUGGCUAUCUCACAACGCCCUGAUCCACCACUUACGGCAGCACAACGGCUGGAAGAACAAAAGUUAUUGGAGCAGCAUCUCGGCGACUUUGCGUAUCGUUUGGCAACGAUGGAUCCGGCAGAGCGGGCCGAAGCAUGGAUACAAGCCAAGACACAGGAAAUCGCGAAUAAGUACGGGAAACACCGGCACCGAUACUCGCGCAUGCAAUCCCCGCCGGGAUUCUGGAACGCAGAUUUCCCCAGCACGCAGGAACUGGAGAUGGGCCGAGAGGAGGCGGCGGAACGGGAGAAGCGGGUCAUUCGGGAGCGGUAUAGAGAGGCAAUGAAGCCUGGGGGUCGAUGGUUGUUUAAAGACGAAUAG